CGCCCCCACUCUACGUCAGCUGCCCUGCCUUUGCUCCCCUAUUCCUUUCCUUUCUUAUUCCAUCAUUCUCUUCUCUCUGUGUCUCGCUCUCUCGAGCGCGAUGCCUCAUUGAUGACCUGAAACAGAGGUCAAGCUCCCAAAACCAACAUGGCUGCCGUAGUAUCAGUGUUCACUAAGUUCCUCUCUAUCUUCAUACUCCUCCUGCACCUCGGUUGCUUUAUUUUCACUGCUAAAGAUCAUAAGCCACCGACCAAGAAACGCAAAGUCUCGCUUCUUUCUCCCAUAUCUUCUUCUUCAACUCGUUUAAAGCCUCGCAGAGCUCUCUCUUCCUCCUGGUUCUAUCUUAAACGCAUCUUCUCCUCUAAGACCUACAAAACCACCAGCUCCCAGGCUCAAUCUCCAGUGCCAACUCUCGCCUCAGCAAGAUCAUCCCAGCACUCCAUAGUCUCCAUGAUCCCUCCGGAAGAUCAUGCAUCCGUUAUUCCUCCCCAUAAAAAGCCAUCCGGUUCUUGCCAGGAAUCAGAUAUCUCAACUAAUGAUCAGUUCUUUCCUUUGAGAAAUGAUAUCUUUCCGUGCACAGCUUGCGGCGAAAUCUUCCAAAAACCUCAGCUUCUGGAGCAGCAUCAAGCUAUCAAACAUGCGGUAUCGGAGCUUCAAGAUGGAGAUUCAGGGAAGAAUAUAGUCCAUAUCAUAUUCAAAACAGGUUGGUCUUGUAAAGAGAAGAACCCAGAAAUACAUAGGAUCUUAAAGAUCCAUAACGGUCCAAAGAUACUAUCAAGAUUUGAAGAGUACAGAGAACUUGUGAAAGCCAAAGCAGCAAGAAACGGUGGCGUGAAGAGAAGAGACGAGAGAUGCAUAGCAGAUGGUAAUGAGCUGUUGAGAUUCUUCUGCUCCACAUUCAUGUGUGAUUUGGGAGCAAAUGAAAAUUCCAGCAUUUGCAACCAGCAAUAUUGCAGCGUUUGUGGGAUAAUAAAGUCCGGCUUCUCACCCAAGAUGGACGGAAUUUCUACACUAUCGAGCAGCUGGAGGGCGCAUAUGACGAUUCCUGAGGACGUGGAAGAAGAGUUCAAGUUCAUGAACGUGAAACGGGCGAUGCUGGUAUGCAGAGUUCUAGCGGGUCGGGUCGGGUGUGAACUGGAGGAAGAGGAUAAGGAGGAUGGAGGGUUUGAUUCUGUCGUAGCGAGAGGUGGAAGUGGGAUCCAUAGCAGAGUGGACGAGGAAGAUCUAGUGGUGUUUAAUCCAAGGGCUGUGCUUCCUUGCUUUGUGAUUGUGUAUACCGUGUGAUGAUGAUGACUGUUUAAUGUGGGGGGUUUUUGUCUAGUUUUAUGUUUGAUUAAUUUAACUUAUGAUGUUGGGGUUGUGAUAAUGUAGUGAAGCUUAUUAUUUAUGUUCCA